CUUCUAACAAGGCCAUACAUAAUUACAUAUAUACUUUGGGAUCGAUCUACUGAUGAGUAUUAUCCAGAGAAGUUGGCUAUAUAUCUAGCUAACAGUAACACAUUUCUCAUCCAUCCAAUCCCCAAAUUGAAAGCACACAAAACCAAACAAGACAAGACAAUGGGCUCGAAGGACGCGGCGCUGCCGAAGAAGCCCCAUGCCGUUUGCAUCCCAUUCCCAGCUCAGAGCCACAUCAAGGCCACUCUCAAGCUCGCCAAGCUCCUCCACAACAGAGGCUUCCACAUCACUUACGUCAACACCCAGUUCAACCACAACCGUUUCCUCCACACCAGAGGUCCCCACGCCCUCGACGGACUCCCCGACUUCAAAUUCGCCACCAUCCCCGACGGCCUCCCACCGUCGCGUCCCGACGCCACCCAGGACAUCGCGGCGGUCUGCAACUCCAUCCGCAAGUUCAUGCCCGCUCCCUUCAGGGAGCUCCUCGCCCAACUCCACAACGACAGCAACCCUCCGGUGAGCUGCGUGAUUGCGGACACCAUGCCCUUCGCCGUCGACGUGGCUCGGGAGUUCGGCAUCCCGUCGGUGAGCUACUGGAGCUUUGCUGCUUGUGGGUUCAUGGGGUUCAAGCAGUUCCGCCCUCUGCUUGAAAGAGGCAUCACCCCCUUCAAAGACGACAGCUAUUUGACGAAUGGAUAUCUGGAGACGGCAAUAGAAGUGCCGGGAAUGAACAACAUACGUCUCCGGGAUCUGCCCAGCUUCUUUCAGACAACGGAUCCCGAAGAGCCGGUUUUCCACUGCCUAAUGGAAUUCGCCGAAUCAGCGGCCAGAGCUUCCGCUAUUCUAAUUCACACAUUCGACGCCCUCGAACGGAACGUCCUCGCCGCACUCGACUCCAUCUACCCUGGCCGGGUCUACUCGGUCGGACCAAUCCAGCUCCUCGUCGACCAAAUCGCAUCCACCCACCCGACCCUCGACGCAAUCAGCUACAGCCUGUGGAAGGAAGAGCCAGAGUGCCUCCGCUGGCUUCACACCAAACCGCCCAAUUCCGUAAUCUACGUCAAUUUCGGGAGCAUCGCCACGAUGUCGAAACAGCACCUGACCGAAUUCGCGAUGGGUUUGGUCAGCAGCGGGGUUUCCUUCCUCUGGGUCAUCCGGCCCGACCUGGUUACGGGUGAAUCGGCUGCUCUUCCUCCGGAAUUCCAGGAGAAGGCGGAGAGGAUCGGGUUCAUCUCCGGAUGGUGCCCGCAGGAGGAGGUUUUGAACCAUCCGGCGGUCGGAGGGUUUCUGACGCACUGCGGGUGGGGAUCGAUUAUCGAGAGCUUGACCGCCGGAGUUCCGGUGCUCUGCUGGCCGUUCUUCAGCGACCAGAUGAUAAAUUGCAGGAUGGCGUGUACGGAGUGGGGGAUGGGGAUGGAGGUGGAGAAGGACGUGAAGAGGGCGGCGGUGGAGAAGCUCGUGAAGGAGUUGAUGAACGGGGAAAAGGGGAAGGAGAUGAGGAACAAGGCAGAGGAUUGGGGGAAUUUGGCUCGGAAAGCUACUGGACCAGCUGGAUCGUCGGCCCUCAAUUUGGACCGUUUGGUUAAUGAGGUUCUUGUACCGAAAUGAGGUCAGUGGGAAAAUAUCAACGCUUCAAACGAGCGUAAGCAAGAUAGAACCGUCGUUUGUCAUUAGUGGCUCAGCAAAAAGUUGAAAUUAUGUGUAUUUUUUUAAAUAUUAACUAUUUUGAUUGAUGAUUUCAUUUAUAGUACUGUAAUAAAUUAAUUUAUGUAAGUCGAAUAACAAUAAAUAAGUUUUAGUGUAGUGAUAAAAUACUCUUACUUCACUUUAAAUUGGCGAGUUCAAUC